AUGGACGGCGGAGGGGAGAGAGACCAGAACAUAAUUACAAAUCUGGGGGAGUGCCCGCCUUCACAGAAGCACAUGCAAAAGAUCCUGACGGAUAACAUGCCAUUCGCCUGCAAUAUCUGCAAAGAGGUUAUUCUUAAAAAGCACAUCUCAGUGCACAUAUGCACUGCUGCAGAAACUAAAAGCCAGCCAGAGAACACAAAGUUCUACGACACGCACUGUGCAGUCAUGGACACGGAGACGGGUGUAGAGUGCACGCGCAGCCUGAACUGCAAGGUGCAUUCGGUUCUUCUUAAAAGAGGCAUUGCAAAAAGGUCUCUGCCGUAUGACACUCUUCUGAAGAAAGUUGUAGAGGAGAGAAAGAAAAGGAAAAUUGAGAAGGAAGAGAUCAAGCUGGACAAGAAGGAGAAGAAAGAAGAGCCUAGCACAAAAAUGGAGGACCUCAUAUGCAGCAAGAUUCUCUCUCAUGUUCCCAUAAUAGAGAAGACCUUUUAUCUUCCAGAAAUCAAGUUUGACACCUUAGCGGUUAGAAGUCUUUUUUUCCAGCCACUCAAGAUAUACAGAAUGCAAAACGACAGAAGAUAUGCAAAAAAAUAA